GCCGCACCGCCCCGCACCGCCCCCGCACACCGGCACCUCACCGGCACCCCGGCUCGGCCCUGCGGAGCUCCGGAGCAGCCGGCACCACCCCCCGCCUCGGCACCCCACCAUGAGCAACCUCAACAAGGACACCGAGCACACCAACGGCGGCGGCAACGUCGAGGAGGAGGUACGGACGCUGUUUGUCAGUGGCCUUCCUGUGGAUAUCAAGCCCAGAGAGCUCUACCUACUCUUCCGACCAUUCAAGGGUUAUGAAGGGUCACUGAUCAAGCUGACUUCAAAGCAGCCAGUUGGUUUUGUGACCUUUGACAGCCGGGCUGGUGCUGAAGCAGCGAAGAACGCCUUGAAUGGCAUCCGCUUCGACCCUGAGAACCCCCAGACCUUGCGGUUAGAGUUCGCUAAAGCCAACACAAAGAUGGCCAAGAGCAAGCUGAUGGCCACACCGAACCCCACCAAUAUCCACCCUGCCUUGGGUGCACACUUCAUUGCACGGGACCCCUAUGACCUGACUGGAGCGGCUCUGAUCCCAGCGUCCCCCGAGGCGUGGGCUCCCUACCCCCUGUACACCACGGAGCUCACCCCUGCCAUCCCCCACGCCGCCUUCACGUACCCGGCGGCCGCUGCUGCGGCUGCUGCUCUUCACGCUCAGAUGCGCUGGUAUCCUCCCUCUGAAGCUACCCAGCAAGGAUGGAAGUCUCGUCAGUUUUGUUAGUUCGUUAUGUCUCUCCUCGACUCGUGUUCCUCCCCCCUGCCUCUCCGCGGAGGGAUGUGCCAGGGACGAUCGCUCCGACUCCUCUCGGUUUGGUUUGCGGCCAGCGGACAAGGCGCCCGGCCCCGCCGCGCUCCCCCCGGACUGUGGGGUACCCCCUUCCCCGGACUGUGAAGCCGCCGCGGCCCCAGCCGUGGGGCUGUGCGCCGCCUCCAUCCCCCUCUCCCUCCAUCCUUCCCUCUAUCCAUCCCCAGGACAUCCUCCCUGACCGAGCUUCGCCGGCCGGCUGCGCCGAAACCCAGCCGGGGGGGCUCGGUCCUGGGCUUCCCCGGGCUCGCCCUGCCCUGGGGGGCGGCUCGGCUGAAGGAAUCGAAAGGCAAAAUGGGUUUUGCAUGUUUUCUGGCAUGAAUUAAAACACUUAACUUGUGUCUGUGUGAGUGUAAGUUUGUUUGUUCUAGCGUUUGUGUAACCGUUAGCAACAGGUCUUGGCCCCAACGGAUUGAUCCAUCAAGGUUUUCCUCUUGCUCCGGUGAAGACUUGGCUUUGAGAAAUACUAACUGUCCUUGUCUCACCCCUUCUCCCACCUCUACCCUCCCCUCCCCAGGACGACCAGAAAAAUUUGAAAAACGCCUUUUUUUCUUUUUUUUUUUUUCCCUCCUCCUCCAAGUACGAUGCACUGGGUUUCUGUUCUCAUCCAUUCUGCUCCUCUUUUAAAGUCAGGGUUAUUAUUUUUUUUCUUCCUUCUUCAGACUUCUAUAUAUAGAACGGCUGUAAAAUAUCUAACCUCUUUUUUGUUUUCCACAUCCUUCUGAUUGGAGAGCAUCCAGUCCUGCCAAAUAAUCAGCCAUCCUUAUGGGAAUACCGAACAAAAAGAAAUAAAAAGUACGAGUAUUUUUGUACCAUGUGUAAUAAGGAAAUAUUUAUGCAUCAUAAAGAAUUUCUUGUGUGUUUGUGUGCAAUUAAUUAUUAUUAUUAUUAUUAAAGAGAAAUUGUAAUCCUGUAAGAUAAGUUAAUGUUUAGUUAAAAGCUUGAAAGAGAAGGGUUGUCUUCUGUACCAAUGAUUCAGUCAGGCAUAGUAAACAAGAAAUUGUGCAAUUUUUGUUUUAGCAUCUUAUUGCUUGGUAUUGAAGUGCUUUAAGUAUUAUCUGACCAUGGCUGUCUCGCUUGUAUUAAAAGAUUUGAGAAUAAGUUGCUCUAUAAUUGCUGAUCCUAUGAGAAUGUGAAACUGGAUAAUAUAUGAAAUGCAACCAAAAAAAAAAAAGAAAAAAAUAUAUACCCAGAGGCUGCUGUGACUCUUU